UAUAAAGAUCUUUAUUCUUUACAAAGUUAUUAAUAAAAAAGUAUCAAUAAUAAUUAAUAAAAUAGUAACUAGGCAUUCAUAAAAAAUAUCGAAGACUUAUUUUUUUUAUAGAAUAUACUAAUCUCUAGUUUCGUACCAGCUUCGAAAAUCGCUACUUGUAUAUCUUUCAGUGCUAUAAUAAUUAUAAAAUUUAUUUUUAAUUUUAUAAUUAUAGUAAUGUAGACAAUUAUGAACUACUUAUUUAUAUUAUUAUUUUCAAGAUUUUAAUGAUAAGUUAUAUGUACAUUUUAGAACAAAUAUAAAUACGUUCCAUACUUUUCUGUGUAUAAUUAUUGGUUAAUUGUAUUUGCUACUACUAAUUAAAUUUAAAUCAACAUGUCUGGUCAUGAUGAAUAUGUUGAUGUGAUGACAUCCAGUCCACCACUUACAACUAAAUCAACUUUGCAAAGUUCAGCAAUGAAGAAAAAAAAAGUUAAAAAUAAUAAAGACAAUCCAGGAUCAAGUGAUGAAGAACGAUGGUUAAAAGCAAUUGAAACGGGUAAAUUGGAUGAAGUUGAUGAUGAGCUGAAGAAAAUUAAAAAAAAAGAUCCAAAAAUGAUGACUGCUAGACAAAGAGCUAUGUUUGAUAGAAAGUCUGAUAAAGAAUUCACCGAAGAACUCGUUGCAUUACCUUCAGGGUAUCGUGAAAAGAUAUUAACUCCAGAAAUGUUACAAAAAAAAGCUAUUAAAUCACAGAAAAGAAAACAACAAGCAGAUGAAAAAAGAGAAAAUGAUAAAAAACGUACUAUGGAAAGAUUAUUGAAAAAACAUGAAAGCAAAUCUAAAACAAAUGCUAAAGGCCGGAUGGCAAGAAAGGCUGUUAAUAAUAUUAUUUAUGUCAGUAAAAAUGACAAAGUGUCUCUACUGUUUCCAGAAGGUGUUGAGUUUCCUCUCAAAAAAUCUAUAAUCAAACUUCCACCUGCUCAAAAAAUGUGUGGUGUAGAUGGCUGUGAAAAUCCUAAGAAAUAUUCAUGUUCUCGAACCGGUUUACCAUUAUGUAGUUUACAAUGUUAUAAUGCAAAUCAAUUAAAUAUUUGGAAUACUGUAUGCUGAUUAAGCAUUCCUAUUUUUGGAUA